AGUGCCAUGAGCUGCGAUCCUGACCGCGUUCACAUUACAGUCCACUCCGACCACGAGAAUAACAAACACGGCUUAAGCUCUCGGACGAGUUUGGAGUCAUUCGGAUUACAAUUUUGGAGACAGUUUGGAGAUCCGAUUCGCCACCUGAGGAGUUUACGAUGUCAGGCACGUUUUGUCGAAGUUUAUACUCCUUUAACGGGGAUCAGCAUCGGCAGGGACUGAAGUUUGAGGCUGGAGAAGUGAUCAGAAUAACGCAAGCUCUGGAAGGAGGCUGGUGGGAGGGAGAGAAGGACGGAGUCAAGGGAUGGUUUCCCUCAACUUACGUGCAGGUGGAGAAACUGUCCUCGAUGUCUCCUCUGGACGAGCCGAUGCCCAGAGACUGGAAGUGCUACAUGUCACCGCAGGGACGCAGAUACUACGUCAACACCGUCAGCAACGAGACAACAUGGGAGCGGCCGUCCAGCACGCCUGGCACCCCGAAAACACCAGUGAAACACAAGAACUCUGUCCCGACAGUGAAUGGAUUUCAUGGUAAUGGCAGCCCGUUGCAUCAGACCGAGCCAUCGCAUGUACUGAUGCGCAAGACCAGCACAGAUCAACAGAGUCCUGGCUCGACUUCACCCAGCAGGAAGCAGGAGUGCGAAUCCACAGUAACUAUCAACUGCGUGACGUUUCCUCUUCCACUGCACAUGUCUGAACAGCAGCUGCUCAAACCAGACGAGUGGAGCUACUGCGAUUAUUUUUGGGCGGACAGAAAGGACCCGCAGGGAAGCGCCAACAUCUCAGGAUUCGAGGUUCUGCUGCAAAAACAGCUGAAGGGAAGGCAGAUGCAGAAAGAGAUGGCCGAGUUUGUGAGGGAGAGGAUCAGGAUCGAGGAGGAAUAUGCCAAGAACCUGUCGAAGCUCUCGCAGAUCCCGCUGGCGGCGCAGGAGGAAGGCACGCUUGGAGAAGCUUGGGCUCAGCUGAAGAAAAGCCUGGCAGAUGAAGCAGAAGUUCAUAUCAAGUUCUCCUCCAAGCUUCAGAGUGAAGUGGAAAAGCCUCUGCUGAUAUUCCGAGAAAACUUCAAAAAGGACAUGAAGAAGUUCGACCAUCACAUGGUGGAUCUCAGGAAGCAGCUGGCCAGCCGAAACGCCGCUGUGGAGAAGGCACGGAAAGCGCUUGCAGACCGGCAGAAGGAUCUGGAGUUAAAAACCCAGCAGCUGGAGAUCAAACUAAGCAGUAAGAUCGAAGAGGACAUCAAGAAAGCGCGCAGGAAAUCCACGCAGGCCGGUGAUGAUCUGAUGCGAUGUGUUGACCUCUACAAUCAGUCCCAGUCCAAGUGGUUUGAGGAGAUGGUGACCAGCAGUCUGGAGCUGGAGCGUCUGGAGGUAGAGCGUGUGGAGAUGAUCAGACAGCAUCUGUGUCAGUACACAACGCUACGACACGAGACCGACAUGUUCAACCAAAGCACCAUAGAGCCAGUGGACAAACUCCUGCGGAGCGUGGACCCCGCCAGAGACCGAGAGCUGUGGGUCAAAGAACACAAGACGGGCGAGCUGAGACCGGUGGACAUGGACAUCUGAGACAUCGCUCUCGUUCCCUCAUCUGGCUGCUUUAGAGACGCUGAAACGCAGCACUGGCUGAAGAGAAAGCGCUCCAUGUCGGGUUGAUCUCUCCAAAACCCUCUGAGGCCUAAACCAGGAGAACGAACACGUCUCAAACCGAGCAGAAGGUUGAGGUUAUAUACCAUAGCCUUCCCACAAAUCUGACUGAAAAAGCUCUCGAGGUGUGGCAGAGACUGUGUAAACAUCUGCAGGAUUUCACUCGGGAGAACUGAUGUGUUUGUCAGUGUCUACUGAUGCAAUCAUGCCAUUAGGAUUCAGCAUUGAUUGAACUGAGUUCAUGUAUGUGAAAUAGUACUAAUGUAUACUGUAAAUGCUGCUGCUGCAUCAACUAUUACAACUGAUUUCAGUUCUGUGACUAAUCAAAGCUCUCGCUUGCCUUAAAGCGACAGUACACACAAAAAUGAUCAUUCUGUCAUCGUUUACUUCACUUUCACGUGGUUCCAAACAUGUUCAAGUUUCUUUCUUCUGUUGAGCACAAAAGAUAUUUUGAAGGAUGUUGGUAACCAAACAGCUGAUGGUAACCGUUGACUUCCAUAGAAAUGGAAAACAUUUGGAACAGUUGACGGUAGCCAUUGACUUCCAUAGUAUGGAAAAAAUAUGGUACGGAACUAAACAGUUUAUGGCAAUUUUUCCCCGCUGGAAUUGAUUUCCAGGGGCAUUUUUUACAUUCGUGAGGGGAAUUAUUUUUUUUUAUCACCAACUUAAUAAUUGUAUCUGUGUUGUUUUUAAUGUUAAACACUUGGAUUUAAACAAUUACUUCAAUCAAUCGAAAUACUUUAAACUGUUACCAAUAGCAGUUGUCUGUUUCAAAUUGUAUUUAAAUUAUAUGUUUAAAAAUAGGAGCUAAUAUUGCUGCAAUAUUAUGACAAUGAUUAUUGUUGAUUAUUGCUCUUGAUAUUGUAAUAAUGAUUAGUGAUGCCAAUUAAUAGAAUACAUGUAAAAACCUUUUUGUGUUUUGUUUCAGCGUUAUGGGGAAACGGCUUGUGCUUCACAGACAAACAUUUCGGCCCAUGGCGUUACUCUUGUCUAGGACAAGUUAUGCAAAAACUCCCAUUAUUAUCACUGAAGCUACAAAAUGAAUCUUUUAUUUACAUCAUAUCUGCGUUCUGCACAGUGUUGUUUAAGAUGAGGGAAAGAAUUCAAUCAGUGAGCACGCACACUCAACAACAACGACAGGAGUUUUCAGCGCUGACUAAUUUGAUUGGCAAUUGCAUUCCUAAGCUCAAUAGAAAAAUGCAUAUGAUUGGUUAUAAGGCUCAACGCUGCAAAAACAAAACAAAAAAAAAAUUGCUUAAAAAGCAAUCUUGAUGCAGUGUGAGCGACUCAAUCUAAAUGUAAUUCCAAGAAUAAACACUUUUUCCUUAAUUUUCACAUUUCUUUUUAAUUGCAACAGCAGCAAUUGAUUUUUAAUUGUGCAGGGGCAAUGCCCCUUUUGCCCCUUUAUCUUGAAUUUGUGGGACAUUUUGGUGAAGCCCCCAAAUCCCCGAUAAUCUCCAACCCUGAUAGCCAUUGACUUCUUAGUAUGAACAAGAAAAAAAAUGGGACUAAACAGUUGACGGUAGCCAUUGACUUCCACUGUAUGGAAAAAAUAUGGAACUAAGCUGACGGUAGCCAUUGACUUCUAAGUAUGGACAAAAAAAAUGGGACUAAAUAGUUGACGAUAGCCAUUGACGUCCAUAGUAUGGGGAAAAAAUAUGGAACUUCUUCUUUAGAACAACUUGAGGGUUAUAAACGAUGACAGAAUUUUCAGUUUUGGGUGAAUUGUCUCUUUAAAGUGGACAUGAACCCAUUUAACUACAUAAUGCUAUUUAUUUCUGAGUAUAAACAGGAUAUUCAAUGAGAGAAAGAAAUGUGCCUGUCAAAAAAAGAAAUGGGAGUUACUUACCAAAAUGAACAUGAGAAACCCAUUACAUUUUGAAAAAUUACACUUUUGUCCUUUGGAAUAACACGUAUGAAUCAUGUAAGACCGGAAACAUGGAUCAGCAAGUAAAGAGGGUCAGUGUUGAUUUCAGCUUACGCAAGAUAUUAUACAACUCAAUGCAAAAUCAUAAACAUAUCCAUAUUUGUUGUAACAGAUCUGGUAUUAUAUUGUAUAUGAGUACAGCUGCUCACAGUCUCAAACUGCCGUCAUGGACUCAGGGUUUACAUUACUUCAUACUCAAUUAAAAAAUGAACACAAACACAUGUAAAGAGGUUUUAUUUUCUGUCUUUUGUUCAAAUAUACAGAAGUCUCAAACAGUCAUUAUUUGGGCCCAAUAAUAUUUCCCCAAACCAUUUACUCUAUAGUGAGAGAGCUACAAAUAAUACAUGUAAAUGAUUCUGCACUGCUUAUUUUUAUAGGAAGUCAAUUAACACUUUUCCUAAAUGAUCAUGUUUUAACUGGAUUUCAUUGUUUAUCAGCUUAUGCAUUUAACGCAUCUGCAUUACUGAUGUACAUGUUCAAACAUUCAUUCUCUCCCUGUUAUACAAGGAUGUAAAUGAAGAAUAACUGCUGAAUAUCAUCCAUUUAUGUUUUCUGUAAUAUAAAUGACAUUAAAUUUAAUGUUUAACUAAAUAGGAUUUAUUCGUUUGCACUAUUUAAGUAGCUGUCAUCAAUAAAUACAAAAUUAAUGCAAACAUGACACUACUGAGCAAGGGAAUAACAUACUGAAUGUAUAUCCAUUCAAUGCAUUUCUAAUUUUUUUCAGAAUAUUAUGAUUUAAUUUCAAAGUGAAUGUGUACUUCAUAACAGAAACUUAUUUGUCCUAUUGACUAUGUGUAACUAAAGCUGUCCUCAUUAAAAAGGAAUGUAUCGGAAAUGUGCUCACUCUCAGGUCAUCCAAGAUGUAGAUGAGUUUGUUUCUUCAUCAGAUUUGGAGAAAUGUAGCAUUGCGUCACUUGCUCACCAAUGGAUCCCCUGCAGUGAAUGGGUUCCGUCAGAAUGAGAGUCCAAACAAUUGAUAAAAACAUCACAAUAAUCCACACCACUCUAAACAAACAUGUGGCUUGGAUUUUGAUGUGAGAGACAAAAGGAGAUGGACUUUUUCACUGGAGGAAGCGCUAUUAUGGAUUAUGAGCUCGCGUUUUAUUUAAAAAUGUCUUGAUGGAUUUGUUUCUUACAAUCACGCAGCUUUUGUGAUGUUUUUAUCAGCUGUUUGGACUUUCAUUCUGACGGCACCCAUUCACUGCAAAGGAUCCAUUGGUGAGCAAGUG